AAAAGCAACGAAAGAAAAACGCGAGAAAAUUGUUUUGUGAGCUGGUACGCGAGUGAGAGCUGGUUCGGUUGCGAAGGAAAAGAAAAUUUUGCUUGCAACCGACUCCGUCGUCUAACUAAUUUCCCCGUUCAUACCAAUCUCGAAUCCAAGCGGGAAGAAUGGAGAUAAGCAAAACAACGAUCGGAAUUGCGGCCGGUGUGGCUGGAACUCUGUUUCUUGGUUAUUGCAUUUAUUUUGAUCAAAAGCGGCGAAAGGAUCCGGACUUCAAGAAAAAACUGCGUGAAAGACGGAAAGCAAAAAAAGCAGCCUCCGCUGCAGGAGGACCACGAUCGAAUAUGCCCAACAUGGCUGAUCAUGAAGAAGUGCAGAGAUUUUUCCUUCAAGAAAUUCAGAUGGGAGAAGCUCUCAUCUCAUCCGGAGAAAUCGAGACCGGAGUAGAGCAUUUGGCCAACGCGGUGAUUGUGUGUGGUCAGCCAGCACAACUAUUACAAGUCCUCCAGCAAACUCUGCCAGCCCAAGUGUUCACCUUGCUGAUCAGCCGCAUGCAGCAGUACGGAAGCCAAAAUGCUGCGAAAAGCGAGCGAACUAAACUACAGGACAUGAACGACGAUUUGGAGUAGGGCGUGAGGGCUUCAGAAAAACGGUUGGAAGUUUGUACCAAAUAUUGUGUAUGGCUGUGUUCGACGGUCACACAGUUUGAUCAUUUUUUCCGAAUAGUAGAGAACAUUGUCAAGCCACCUACAAAUAUGAAGUGCUUUAGAACAUUUACCCACUCCGAAGAAGAGCUUUAGGAACACAACAGCAUAGAUACGGCUAUUGUUUGAAA